AUGGCGAAAGAUUGGAAGGAUUGCGCUAAGAGUGACAUCGAAAUGCGACAGGCAGUAAACAAGGCAAAAAUAUCGGAUCGAGUUGCUAAUACGGUCGUCAUUUACCAGACAGUAGCUGUGACCUUAUAUGGCAUAGGCAUUGUCUUCGGCGAUGUUGAUGUAACCCAAAGCAAUUUGCCACACAUUGUUAAAAUGGAAUUUCCCUUCCAAAUAACCACACAACGUAUGUACAGAUCUAUAGUAACCAUAGAACUGAUAUAUAUUAUCAUGACCGGCUGGUGCUCGGCCUUGGUGAACGUUUUAAUAUUAACUUUGAGCUUACACGUAGGUGGUCAAAUAGAUAUUGUAUGUUGUUGGCUGGCGAAACUUAUGCCUAAACCGAACAUGAAGGAAAAUGAAUUUGUUGCUGCUACGAUAAGCAAAAUUAUUCAAAAACAUCAAAAAAUCAUUUACUUCUCACAACAGAUUGAGAAUAUGUAUUCAUUUAUCGCAUUGAUAUUAUUUCUAGGAAAUACGAUAAUGAUUUGUUUCUUAGCAUUCCUGUUCGUAACCGCGCUUGAUCAGCCAGAUACAACGGACAAAAUAUUUAGAUCUCUUCCAUUUUAUGGUGUAACAAAUAUCGAGGCAUUCAUAUUUGUUGUGCGGGGAUGUUCAUUAUUCUCACCGUUACAGAGCAAAGCACUUGAACUUGCUGCAUAUAAUUCCGCUUGGUAUGACUUGGAACCUAAAUUUGGUCGCAUGCUGUUAUUUGUGAUACUGAGAUCACAGAAGCGAAUGACGUUGACUGUCGGGAAAAUGAUAGAUCUCUCGUUACAAUGCUACGCAAGAAUCAUGAAUUCUUCAGGAUCAUACCUAACAAUGUUAUUAGCGAUGCAAUGA